AUGGUGGAAUGGAUGACAAUAAAGAACAUGACUUUCAAGGUUGGACAAACCCUGUCUCUUGUUGGCGUGAUCAAACCAGAUCCCAAAGAAUUCACGCUGGAUAUUGGCCCCAGCGUGGACAGAAUUGCAUUUCAUUUCAACCCUCGCUUUAAUGCAAAGGGACAGAUAAAUAAAAUUGUCUGCAAUUCUUUGGAGGCAGGCAAUUGGUGUAAGGAGCAACAUGAGGAUUGCUUUCCUUUCUGUGAGGGAAAGGAGUUUCAGAUCGCCAUUAAAUUCACACCUUCAGAGUUUGUGGUGACUUUACCAAAUGGCUCAACAUUCUGUUUUCCCAACCGCAUGGGUGCAAGGAAGUACUCUGUCAUUGGCUUUGGUCAAGAUGCUGAAAUUAGAAGCAUUGAGAUCAAGUAAAUCUACAUCAUCAAUUCACAUUGCUUGUUUUAUUUUUCUGCUUGUCUAUCAGUAGGUAAUCUCCCCAAAGGUGGAUGGUGAC